AUGGACGAGCUCUCUGGUCUGCGGACCGGACAACAAGCUAGUCGCGCGGUGGACGAGGCUUCAAGGAUGUCUCUGCCCACUCGCUCUUCCCCAUCAAGCUCUUCCUCUAGAGAUCUGUUUCGUUACGCGGCUCAGAACCAAGCUGAUCAAUCGAACCGCAUGACAGCGACUCCAAAGCCCGCCCGCUCUGUACGUGCUUUCCAAAUCAAGAACACAGACGGCGAGGUAGUCGAUUUCCUCCCUAUAUCAGCUAUGGGAAAGACGGGAAAGCAGAAGGGACAUGACCUGAACCCCUCUCGUCCCACUUCAACAGAUCACGACGCAGCCGCUGGUCCUCUUAUCACCGGAACUACAGCGAGUACAGACAUGGAAGCCCGUGUCAAAGCGCUAGAAGACCAACAGAACGACACCCGCGACAUGGUCGACGCCAUGAACCAACUCUACAUCCGUCUUAGAGGGUCCGUCAACCAUCUGGAGUAUCAAAACACACUGCAGCGAGUUCGCCCACAGACACCCGAUGCGCCAUCUGCAGAUUCACACACCCCUGCAGUUGAUGGGUCCUCCUAUGUGCCCCCUCAGGGUAAUCUUUCUGACGACGAGUUCUCAUACAUGCUCAAGAUGUUUGCUGGUAAGACGAUUACUGCAGACCACUGGGAGAAUGUGGUAUGGAGCUUCUACGGCCAGAACGCGGCGAAUGCCCAUGACCAGGUCCAGGAUCAGAACCAAAACCUAUUUACAGAUGAGCAUAGGAACAAGCCUGCGGGAAAAGGCGAAGACGGGGACAAGGAUGUGGGUGAUGACGACCCCUAA